GGGGACCAAUGGGACGCCUCGCCGGGAGGGCCGGCCCUGCGACGUCCGGCCGGCCGCUCGGGUUUUCCGGCCCCGGAGAGCGGCGCGGCCCGCGGGCUCGGGGGUCGCGGAGCUGCGCGGUCCAGGGCGGUCCCCAGCCUCCUGCAGCCUGCCCAGCCCAGCCAUGGCCAGCGAGAGCUCCCCCCUGCUGGCCUACCGGCUCCUGGGGGAGGAGGGGGGCCUCCCUCCCAAUGGCGCCGGUGGACCCGGAGCGGCCUCGGCCCGCAAGCUGUCCACCUUCCUGGGCGUGGUGGUGCCCACUGUCCUGUCCAUGUUCAGUAUAGUCGUGUUCCUGAGGAUUGGCUUCGUGGUGGGCCAUGCUGGGCUGCUGCAGGCCCUGGCCAUGCUCCUGGUCGCCUACAUCAUUCUGGCACUCACGGUCCUGUCGGUCUGUGCGAUCGCCACCAACGGCGCCGUGCGAGGAGGCGGGGCCUACUUCAUGAUCAGCAGGACCCUGGGCCCGGAGGUCGGCGGCAGCAUCGGCCUCAUGUUCUACCUUGCUAACGUGUGUGGCUGUGCCGUGUCCCUGCUGGGGCUGGUGGAGUCGGUGCUGGAUGUCUUCGGGGCCGAUGUCACGGACUCCAGUGCGCUCCGGGUCCUGCCUCAGGGCUACGGCUGGAAUCUGCUCUAUGGCUCGGUCCUGCUGGGCCUGGUGGGCAGUGUGUGCACGCUGGGCGCUGGCCUCUAUGCCCGCGCCUCCUUCCUCACCUUCCUGCUGGUGUCCGGCUCGCUGGCGUCCGUGCUGGUCAGCUUUGUGGCCGUGGGACCCAGAAACGUCCUGUUGCCUCCCCGACCUGGCACCAACAGUUCCGCUGGGUCACCCCGGUCCGGGCACUUCACCGGCUUCAACAGCAGCACCCUGAAGGACAACCUGGGUGCUGGCUAUGCUGAAGACUACACCACAGGCGCCAUGAUGACCUUCGCCAGCGUCUUCGCUGUCCUCUUCAACGGCUGCACCGGCAUCAUGGCCGGCGCCAACAUGUCGGGGGAGCUGAAGGACCCCAGCCGGGCGAUUCCGCUGGGCACCAUCGUUGCUGUGGCCUACACCUUCUUCAUCUACAUCCUGCUCUUCUUCCUCUCCAGCUUCACCUGUGACAGGACGCUGCUCCGCGAGGACUACGGCUUCUUCCGCGCCAUCAGCCUGUGGCCCCCGCUCGUGCUGGUCGGCGUCUACGCUACGGCGCUGUCCGCCUCCAUGAGCUCGCUCAUCGGCGCCUCGCGUAUCCUGCACGCUCUGGCCCAGGACGACCUCUUCGGCAUCAUCCUGGCACCCGCCAAGGUGGUCUCCGGAGGGGGCAACCCCUGGGGCGCCGUGCUGUAUUCCUGGGGCCUGGUUCAGCUGGUGCUGCUGGCCGGGAAACUCAACACGUUGGCCGCCGUGGUCACCGUCUUCUACCUGGUGGCUUACGCGGCGGUGGACCUGUCCUGCCUGAGUCUGGAGUGGGCUUCCGCCCCCAACUUCCGCCCCACCUUCAGCCUGUUCUCCUGGCACACCUGCCUGCUCGGGGUGGCCUCCUGCCUGCUGAUGAUGUUCCUCAUCAGCCCCGGGGCCGCCGGCGGCUCCCUGCUCCUCAUGGGCCUGCUGUCCGCGCUGCUCACCGCGCGGGGAGGGCCCAGCAGCUGGGGCUACGUCAGCCAGGCCCUGCUCUUCCACCAGGUUCGGAAGUACCUGCUCCGCCUGGACGUCAGAAAGGAGCACGUGAAGUUCUGGCGGCCGCAGCUGCUGCUCCUGGUGGGGAACCCGAGGAGCGCGCUGCCUCUGCUGCGCCUGGCCAACCAGCUGAAGAAGGGGGGCCUCUAUGUGCUGGGCCACGUCACGCUGGGGGACCUCGACUCCCUGCCGGCGGACCCUGUGCAGCCACAGUAUGGCGCGUGGCUGAGCCUGGUGGACCUGGCCCAGGUGAAGGCCUUCGUGGAUCUGACCCUUUCCCCGUCGGUGCGUCAGGGGGCUCAGCACCUGCUGCGGAUCUCGGGCCUGGGCGGCAUGAAGCCCAACACGCUGGUGCUGGGCUUCUACGACGACGCGCCGGCCCAGGACCACUUCCUCACGGACCCCGCCUUCUCGGAGGCCGGGGGCGCGACCCCCGCCCUGAGCUCGCUCUUCCCGCCGCCACGCGCGCCCGGAAGCCCACGGGCCCUGAGCGCGCAGGACUACGUGGCCACCGUGGCCGACGCGCUCAAGAUGAACAAGAACGUGGUGCUGGCGCGCGCCUGCGGGGCGCUGCCCGCCGAGCGCCUGGGCCGCGGCGCCUGCGGGGCGCCCCACCGCGUGGACGUGUGGCCGCUGAACCUGCUGCGGCCGCGGGGCGGCCCGGGCUACGUGGACGUGUGCGGCCUGUUCCUGCUGCAGAUGGCGACCAUCCUGGGCAUGGUGCCCGCCUGGCACAGCGCGCAGCUGCGCAUCUUCCUGUGCCUGCGGCCCGGGGAGGCGCCCGGCGCGGCCGAGGGCCGGCUGCGCGCGCUGCUCACGCAGCUCCGGAUCCGGGCCGAGGUGCAGGAGGUGGCGUGGGGCGAGGGCGAGGGCGCCUCGGGGCAGGAGGAGGAGGGCGACUUCGUGAACGGCGGCCGCGGCGACGCGGAGGCCCUGGCCCUGGCGGGCAGCGCCAACGCCCUGGUGCGCGCCCAGCAGGCCCGGGGCGCGGCGGCAGGGGCGGGGGCGCCGGCGCGCGGGGAGGACGGCCCCGCCACCGCGCUCACCUUCCUCUACCUGCCGCGGCCGCCCGCCGACCCCGCGCGCUACCCCGCCUACCUCGGCCUGCUGGAGGCGCUGAGCCGCGACCUGGGGCCCGCGCUGCUGGUGCACGGCGUCACCCCGGUCACCUGCACCGACCUCUGAGCGCGGCCGCGCCCGCCCGCCCGCCGCACCGGUGCCUUGAGCAGAGGGGCUGGCCUCCUCUGUGCCUCCGGGCUACCUCAGUGUCCCGCCCCGCCGCGGACCCUCCCGCCGGCCGCCGUGCUGACGUCUCCUCUGUUUUAUUUUUCUAACCACUGACCAUCAAUAAAAGACCGAGCGCUA